AUGGUACAUGGGGGCUGGGAGGCAUGUGUCACACAGGGCCAGGCUGAGAUCCUUUCCGCGUACAAGGGUUCCUUAACGUCCUGUCCAGAUUCUGAUGAGGACCAACACAUGGCCUAUGUACCAGGACUCUGCACUGAAGGUAACCUCAGACCGGCUUCCAAGUUUAAGAAUAGAAAACCCGAAGAAAGAAAGUCAGGAGCCGCAGCUCCCAUACCAGAGGCUACAAUGGACUUGAUACCGGACUGGACACAGCACAGAGAUAUGCAGGGGGCUCGCGGAGAAGCUGGCUCGAGAAGCGCCUCUUUAAAGGAUUUGUGCCCAGAAGACAAGAGGCGAAUAGCAAAUCUAAUCAAAGAGCUGGCAAGGGUGAGCGAGGAGAAGGAAGUAACGGAGGAGCGUUUGAAGACCGAGCAUGAAUCCUUCGAGAAGAAGAUCCGGCAUUUGGAGGAGCAGAACAAGCUGAUCGCCACGGAGCGGGAAGCUCAGCAGCAGCAGUACCGCGAGUGCCAGGAGAUGCUGAGCCUGUACCAGAAAUACCUGUCCGAGCAGCAGGACAAGCUGAGCCGAUCGCUGUCUGACCUUGGUGCCGGGAGCGUCCAGCCCCAUCAGGUGCCAAAAAUUAACCGACAGCCAAAGGAAAAAGAACUGAAUGGGUCUUACCUCGCUCCACGCAAUAAACAGAGCAGCGAAUUGGAAAGCUUGUGCUCCGUAGCGGCACACCCAUGCUGUAGAACGGACCCCGCCUCUGGAUGUGGUUUCCAUUGCCACCCAGACGGGUACCCUUUGGACAGUUGCGCACGGAGGAAAUGCUGCAGUUCCGAUAUCGCCGACUUACACUAUCCGGACGUGACACACGGCCACCACUGCAGCAGUGCAUUAGAUCAGCCUCUGUCCCAUUGCUGCUGGCACCGACCGGCACAGAGCGCCCGCGCGAGAGGUCCGACAGAAUUGUCGCUUACAAGGCGUCCGGAAGAUUCCUCCUUUUCCAGUCUCUCCGCCACGUCUGGCUUAAGCAAUGGGGUUGUCGUACGUCCAAAGGAGUCGGCGGUGUCAGAGCAGAGGAAACACGAAUUAAUGUUGCAGAAGAUGGAGCUUGAGGUGGAGAAAGAGCGGCUGCAGCAGCUACUGGAGCAACACGAAGCCAAACUGCUUGAGAAGCAGCAGGAACUACUGCAGACCAAGAUGGAGCCUGAAAGGAAUCCUUUGGUCAUACAGACUAAAGAUGCGGCUAUUACAACGUCACCUUCUCUGGGUGCUGUCCCGAAAAGCAACGGUUACUUGUGCAGCCCCAUGGGGCCUUCAUCGGUAGGACUUCCGACUCCGCCAUCCAGUAACAACAGCAAGAAAGUGCGCAGCCUGAACGGAACACACUCGGGGAGGAAAGUAGCGGAACUGAACGGGAACAAGUCCCUGAUCCUGCCGCAAAGCAGCGUCAGUAAAGACCUGAUUGGAGGGACAGACGGGAAUGGGCCGACACAGCUGGCUCUGGCUCUAGAGAGGCAGAGCCAGCUGUCCG